AUGAUUGAAUUCACUCUGAAGAAUAUAACACACAGUAAUGCUGGGGUUUACUACUGUGAAUACUUUAGGGGAGAUGAAUCGUCACGAAGUAGUGACAGUCUGGAGCUGGUGGUGACAGGCAUUUACAAUGAGAAGCCAUUCCUUUCUGCUGAUGCAGGACCUCAGGAAAUCUCAAAAAGAAAUGUGACUCUCCUCUGUCACACGCAUACUUCCUUUGACACCUUCAUCCUCUGCAGAGGUGGAAAUGCCUCCUUUCCCCAGAGCUGCUCACGUCAGGACCACAACACAUUUCUCAUCUCCCCUGUGAGGCCAGGGCACAGGAGGACCUACAGAUGCUUCGCCUCUCUCAAACACAGUUCCUACUUGUGGUCAGUGCCUAGUGAUCUGCUUGAGUUUUCAAUCCCAGUGUCAAAUUACAGAUUAGAGAAUUAUAUCCGGCUCAUCCUGGCUAUCAUCAUCCUGUUAGGUCUUGGGUCUCUAUUGCUGGAUGCUUGGAGCAGCAGAGAGAGCCCAUGAGGUCUUCAGAGUCCUAACCUGAAAGCCUAGCUACACCUUCCUACACCUCAUCAAAA